AUGGAGGAUCCUACCGUUAUGGAGGAGCCAACCCAAUUCUUUCUCGACGCUCUUGCCGAGGUAUCCUAUGAUGAAGAUCCAUCGAAGGCCCUCCCGGGUCUCGACGAAUGGGAAGUACCCGAGUCGAUUUUCCGUGAUGGUUCCUGCAUUUCCCUCUGGGAACUUGCUCGUGUCAAUGGAUAUCGCUUCAAAGGAAAGAACGAUGAGCUUGCCGGCUCGACUUUCGACGAAGCCUUUUGUGAACUCGGUGUAGACCCUGUUAUUGGCCCAAUGUGUCAGGAUCACCUGGAGCUUGGCCCUGAAUUGCCUACUCCCACUGUGCCUGAAGAUGCCACUGUGCCUGUCGAUGUGUCCACACAGAACACUUGCGCCAACCAGCCCAGCACAGUCUAUCCGCUGGACACUGUCGUGUCUCUUGAAAAAGCCGACCUGGGGCCUCCCCUUGCAGUUGUCCAACUCACUCCUGCCACUGAUGCUUCAACCACCCAACGUGCUCCAGUCAACAUUAAUUCAACCGCCUCAGUCGCUCCUGCCACUGAUGUUCCAGUCACUCAGCACGCUCCGGUCGCCAUUGUUCCAGCUGUUCAGGUCACCCCUACCGCUGAUCCCAGUGAUGCCUCAUUCACCGAUGUUGCUCCAGGAAUUGUUGACGCAGAUGUCCAACCCACUCCUACCACAUCCAAUUCGGCACCUGGUACGGUCAAGGUGUUUACCUUGCCACAAGCCAAAUCGCGCUCUCAACCUGCUAAGCGACCACCCAAGCAGAAAGCCAAGCGGGCUCCUAAAAAGAAACAAAAUGACGAGCUACACAAAACACAGAAGAAGACCAAGGCGCAAAGCACCCCACGCAAGGGGAAGAACAAGACGACUCUAGCUCCAACUACACAAACUCUUCUGGAGAUUGCGCCUGCCCCAAUGACACCAAUGCCUGCCCAAAUGACUCCAGUGACCGGGGUUGCUAACAAGACAAUGGUCCAUCCCAGUCAACAGCAGCAGCUUCAAAUCCAACAACUUCUUCGGAGCCAAGAGCAGUAUCUUCGUAAUGAAUGGCAGCGACUUCGACAGCAGGGAGCUCAUCUGAAACAGCGGCAGCCCGGGGAUGAACAGCAGCGCCAGAUCCACGAACAGCAGUUUGACCUUCUCAAACAAAACAUCACUCAGCACAGACAGCAACUCCGUCAAUACCAGUAUCAAGAACAGCAACUUCGAGCUUCCGCGACUCAGCAAGCUCAGCAGCCCGGCCAGCAUGUGCAAGCAGUGUAUCCUACUUCUACCAAGGAGCAUAUGCAGUCUAUGAUGCCACAAACCCAGCAACUUCAAGCUUCAGCAACCCAGCAAGCUCAGCAGCCCGUCCAGAAAAUACAAGCAGCUUAUUCCACCUCUACAAAGGAGCGCAUGCACUCCGUGAUGCCACAAACCCAGCAAUUCCAAGAAGUCUAUCCUACUCCUCCUAAGGAGCGCAUGCAAUCUUGGAUGCAACAAACCCAGCAACUACAAGUUUCAGCAACCCAGCAAGCUCAGCCCGGCCAGCAAAUGCAAGCAGUUUAUCUCACCCCUACCAAGGAGCGUGUGCAGUCUAUGAUGCCGCAACCCCAGCAAAUUCAAACUUCAGCAACUCAGCAAGCUCAGCAACCCGGCCAGCAAAUGCAAGCAGCGUAUUCCACUUUUACCAAGGAGCGCAUGCACUCCGUGAUGCCCCAAACCCAGCGAUUCCAAGAAGUCUAUCCUUCUCCUCCUAAGGAGCGCAUGCAGUGUUUGAUGCAACAAACCCAGCAACUACAAGCUUCAGCAACUCAGCAAGCUCAGCAGCCUGGCCAGCAAAUGCAAGCAGUCUAUCCUAUCCCUACCAAGGAACGCAUGCAGUCUGUAAUGCCACAAACCCAGCAAUUCCCAGAAGUUUAUCCUACUCCUCCUAAGGAGCGCAUGCAGUCUGUGAUGCAAAGAAACCAGCAGCUCCAAGCCUCGUCGGCCCAGCGAGGUCAACAGCCCACCCAGAAAAUGAGACCAGUUUAUUCUACCCCGCCCAAGGAGCGCAAGCAGACUGUUUUUUCCCUCUCUUCUGCUUCGCCCAACAAGAGAACUUUUCAGUUUAUGGAGAACAUCGUCCCUACCGACUUUGUGGCCAACCCAAACAACCAUUCCUGGUGGGGUCCUAACGCCAAUGGGAACCGGACCGACUUGAACGGACCCCAGGCCAAAAAGGCACGAGUCUCUUCAAAGUAG